AUGUCUUAUCGUAUGCAAGGUAAGAAACAAUUAAAAUAACACACAUGUUGUUGUUUUUAAUUUUAACAGUCUUGGAAAAUCUCGUUGGAAAACUGUGUAGCACAAUGUUUCUUUUAUCUCGAAAACACACAACUUCUCUUUAUGCGGGCAAGCUCAGGCUAGCGCAGUUACAAUUAAAAAAUCUUACUGUUUUUAGAUGUAGGCGUUAGCCAGGCGAGUAUCUGUUGCGAAUUAUUCAGUUUUAUUUUCAAUUGUCAUAUAGCAAGAAAUAAGAUCAAAUAGCCUACGGUAGAACAAAAAUUUUUAGUUUGUUUUCUCAUCAGUCCCAGUGUUUCGUCUGUUUUUACUCAGCUUGUAUUUCAUGGCUUUAUCAGUACGUGCUUCUCUUUAAGUGUAUUGUUGAUGUCAUUAACACUGCGUUGGAACAUUUUAGAUACGGUUUCAAGAAGAGUAACGUGUGCCUGUUUCUUCGAAACGUUAUUACGUCCUGUACUUGCACAUUAUUUCACGCACAAGUACGAACUAAGUGUUCUUGACACCACUCAGAAUAGCUCAGAAUUUACAACAAUUUCCUAAAAACUGACCCAUCUCUUCGUGGACCGAUGAAUUAUUUCGAUAAACAUACGCUUCUAUAUCGCCGUUUAUAAGAUUACAUAAGCGAAUGUGACAUUGGACCUAUAAAACUCGCCAUUAAUCGCACAGAAAACGGCCUUGCAAUUAAAAAACGGGUCUUAAAACAUUCUGAAGGGUUUAUUCAUUUGGAUUUCUGGGUUCUGAUUUCGAACCCUGUUCAUUUGUAGCUUGUUUUGUCACCUAAGAAACCCUGAAGCUGACUUUUGAUUCGAAACAAAAGCUUAAGGAAUGCAGGCUUUUCAGUAGUCAAUCAGUCAACCGAUAUUUUUUGCUGAGCGAAACGGAUUGCGUGUGUUUGUUAUUUUAAAUUUCUUUGUCUCAAAUCCCGUGGCAUGACGAUUACUAUGUUUUAAUCAGGUGGUGUGAUGUCGAUCAAGCAAGGCGUGCCCGAAGAUCGUGAACUUCUCAGUCUUGCUGGGGACAUGUUAGUGAUCUGGAAAAAACUCGGUUUGGCUUUGGGAUUGAAAAAUUCACAGUUAGACGAAAUCGAAGUAGAUCACUUGAAAGGAGUGGAUAGGAGUUAUGCUAUGCUAAGAAAAUGGAAGGAAUCACGUGGCUCUGAAGCGAGUUAUGAACGACUUGCUCAAGGACUUGAUCACAAAGCAGUCAGUAGGCGUGACUUAAUAGAGGCAUACUGCCAAGAAAAAGGUUAGUGUUGAGCAUACUCAAGUAAUACCUUGCGCCAGCUGCCUUAAGCCAGUUGCCACAUUCGCUCUAUCCGCGGUGCUAACCAAAAAGAUCGCGGCUCUGGGAACCAGAAUGCAGUUGCCAUGGCUCUGUGUAUGUGUCGGCCAUUUUGAGAUUACGUAGGAAUGCACUUUUGGAAGCCUUGGAAAAGUAACUGCGUGAGACUGAGUAGGAAUAGCACCAUGGGACUGUUUUGAGACAGGAAUUUGGACCCAGUUUUCCCGCACAACCUCGUAAAAGCCUGUAAAAAUGGCGCAAAGUCCCAAAACAGUCCCAUGCUGCAAUUCGGCACAACACCGACCCAGUCUCACGCACAACUUUCAAAUGACCGAGCUCUUCCAAGGCUUCCAUAAUUAAACUAGUCCCCAGUCGUCACUCGGGCGGUUAACCUCAAACUUAGGGCUCUUACUCGGGCUGGCCAGAGCAGGCCUAAUGUCACCGGGGGAAAUUCCACUAUUAAUCAGGACUAUCCAGCCAGAUUAGUUUAUUUCUAAAUGGUACACGCGGCAGUGAUGAGUUUUAGUAAAAAUUUCAGGAAAACACUGAUAUUGCAUUCUCAAUAUGACAGGUCUUGCGGCCGGCCAGUCGUAACUUUUGGAAAGUGCCUUAAGAUAAGAAACAGCAAAGAAUUGAAAUAAGCGACUCGACUUGACUAGUUGAGUUUUCCAGAUAUUAUACUAAAUUGCAAGACGAGUCUGAAACCCAUGCCCAUUUAUACCACAGGAGAGGCUGAGUUGCAACGAAAAAUGUCUGGACUGAGAGUUUCUUGUAAAGAUGAAGCUGACGGUGUCUUAAAAGGUAAGCCCUAGCUUGUUCACUUAUUAGAAUGUAACGAUCAUCUGAAUAACAAAGUACUUUUUAAUGCCUAGCCUUGGUGAAAUCUGGGGUUAGUCUCCUUUGAUAAUGAGUCGCUUUGGGUUUUCGGUAGAUGUAGGCGGCUCGCGCGUAAACUUUAGAAAGUUUCUCUAUUUGAGUACAUCUUUAAGUUUGCUUCUUAUUUGAAAAAACGGAAGUGACCAGCUUAAGAGCCAAUAGGAUCCAAUAGAACUUGCAAACUAACUAACAAGUUGUAGCCAAAUUGUACUGUCGUGUUCGAUUGACCAGAAGCCGAACCACAGUACAUGCACAGCUGCAAACAAGAACAAACUUGAACAAAGAACAUUGGAACUAGGUUCACCCAAGAAAGCUUGCCCCAUACUCUCUUGAUUCCACUCUGAAUAGAGGACUGUAACAUUUUAGAAAAAGUAAUGAUAGAAAUGCCUUUAUUUUCUUCAAACUAAAUCUUAGGGAUUAUAAGCACUUUAUACCAUCAGCAAGGAUUGGCUUCAGGCGUGGUUAAAACCCGGGAUACGAUUGAACAGUAACAACAACAACAACUGACUGUCAGGCCCAAUUCAAACGUCGAACUUUUCAUGUACCGAACCUAAUCCCUUUAAUUAAGUACCUGAAAAGCUCGAAGUUUGAAUUAAUAAGUCCGACAUAUCCAAUGUGGAUCGACUCAUGAAUUAAAUUUGAGUGGCCCACAGGGGAAUUUCGACUGCGGAGCGACUUCGUUCUAAUAGUCGAACUUUUUCGAUAUUUUAACUGGUAAGUAUUGCCCGGUGUACAUCGUGAAAAUGAAUUGAGUCCGUCUAAUUAAGUUAGACGUUUGAAUCAACCAUCGAAACUUGUAUCAUUUGGGUCGACCUAAACAGGUAUUUUAAUUUGUUCGGCACAUGGAAAGUUCGACGUUUGAAUUGGGCCUGAUCACUCUUUGAAAUUAAAGAUUUUUUAAAAGAUAUUUUGUUUUCUUUCUUUUAAAAAAUAGGUCUGCCUUCCGUCGAGAUUUUACCUGGUAAGCCAUUUCAUGUGACUCAAAGACGAGGAGACGAAAUAAGAAAGAUUCAGCAAGCCUUUAGUCAUUUGCGACAGGAUGCGGCGGAAAGUUCGCUAGUAUCAGCAGUGUAUGUGAAAGGCCCUCCAGGGUGUGGUAAGACACAACUGGCAAGACAGUUUGGUAAAGAGUACAUGAAGGUGAGCGCAGGUUGCGGCGGGCAGUCACCAAGGAGAAUUGUCGCCACGUUGGAUGCGCGGACGCCAGAGUCGCUUUUGGAAUCGUAUAAGGAACUACACGAAAAAUUGGAAAUGUCAAAGGAGAGCGAAGAAAGAGGAAGUCUGAAUGAACGAAUCAAGACUUACUCGAAUGAGAUUAAAAACCACCUUUGUAAAAGCUCUACUGUCUGGCUGUUAAUCAUUGAUAAUCUAACAGUCAAUGAUCCUCUUAAAGAAUUCUGGCCAACGCCUGAAGAAAACAGCCCGUGGGGAGAAGGGUUAGUAUUGGUAACAACACAGGAUAGCGAGCUGGUACCCAGAUCCCACGCAUACGCCAAAGUUGUGGGUUUAGAUGAAGGAAUGGAGCAGAGUGACGCAAAGAAAUUGUUAAGCGCCAUUUCUGGGAUGGAGGCAGAUGAGGACGCCAUAGAAGUCGCUCGGUUGCUGGGCUUUUACCCUCUGUCUCUUGCUUGUGCAGCAGUCUAUGUAAAGCAGAUGCGAGAAGAUCGGCCGUUCUCAAAGUUUUCCUGGAAAAACUACCUAGCCAAUCUUAAAAAAUACUUUGCGUACCUUGAUCAUUCCGACUUUACACGUCAUAAUCCAUGUUAUCCACAAUCGAUGCUUCCAGCAGCUGAGUUUGCCGCCCAACGGAUGGCGGAAAAUAACGAAGUGCUCCGAGCUGCCUUCGUUUUUCUGUCUUAUUGCGCCCUUCAACCCUUACCGUUGGACACCGUUGCAGAGUACGUCUUGUGCGAGACUGCUGCUUCCGGCGACCAAACCAUUAGGGUCCCAGAUGACGUUAAGGUUAAAAUAGCACGAUGCUCUCUGCUGAUCUAUCCUGAGACGGGUGAAAGAGGAAUUGAGGUAGUUACCCUCCAUCAAGUCAUGCGAUUGGCAUUUGCACAAAUCAGGCGAAAACCGGACAAACAGACGAAAGAGAUGGAAGAAACCGCCGAAGUGGAAAAGCGCCAACUGAAUGGGGUGCUUAAAAUAUUAAAUAAGGCGUACAAGAUUAGAAAAGGCGAUGUCUCCAAGGAGGCUAUAGCCACAAGAAUAAUUCUGUGCCCGCAUUUAAGGGAGUUUGUAGAAAAGGCGGAGAAAAGCCAAUUUGUUGAAAUGAAUUUACUUGUACAAGCCUUAGUCUAUCUUGCUGAUGGCCUGGUCCAUGUUGCCGGGGCGACGGAUAAUAAUCGCGUUGCUUUACUUGAACGUGCUUACAAGAUAAAUAAACAGCUAUCUACGACUGAUAUCAGCGCAUGCGAAUUGCUGUGUGAUUUGGGAUAUACUUAUCGCGAAGCGGGGCAGCUAGACAGAGUUAUUCCUGUGUUAGAAGAGGCUAAUCAUCUCUGCACAGCACAUACGGAACCAGAAUGGAUGAAAAUGAGAUCGAGGCUUUUAAAUAUCCUUGGGUUCACAUACCGUGAAAGCUUCCAGCUAGACCUCGCAAAAGAGUACAUGAAAAUGUGCGCUGAAGUGACCAGAAAGGCCUAUGGCGAGAAGCACGUGCAAGUGGUUGAGAGACUUUGUAAUCUUGGGAUAAUCUUGCACGAUCGCUGGGAAAAUGACGAGGCGAUAGAAGUGCUGGAAGAAGCCCAGAAGAUUAUUGAAGCUUGCGAUACCUCAAGAACGGAACUGUUCAUCCGCGCGCAAGUUUUGAAUUAUACAGCUAAGGUUCAUCUUCGCUGGUAUCUCGGGCUGCGGUAUACGCAUCCUCGCGCAUGGAGCACCAAAAAGCACCUGGAAGAAUCGAACGCUCUCCACGAAGAAGCCGUAAAGAUUUACGAAGAACUUCAUGGAGAUGGACACAAGUUCACAGCGGGAACUAUGAUGACCUACGGAACUGCGAAACUGCACUUAGGACAAGUUGAGCAGGCUUACGAAAUGUGUUAUAACGCCGUCCAGGUCUAUCGAAGCUCAGGUCACAUUGCGUGGCCGCGCGCGGGUACAUGGCUCGCCGACGUUUUAUUUGUUAGAAAGGAGUAUGCACGCGCGAAAAGUUUUUUGGAAGAGCUAGUGAAUGUUCAUGAGGACUUACAUCUGGUUGUUAGCCCUGGUGCAUAUCAUCCUAAGGCGCUGCUAGCGGAAGCUUGCGUGCAUCUUGGAGAUGUGCAAUAUGGAAAAGAAAUGUUGACGCAAUGCCUUCGGGAGUGGGAAGAAAAAGGUAUGCACCCUGAACAUUAUUGGGUUGCUCGCGCGCGCGCUUUCCUGAGAUUGCAUGAGGAACAAAACACCGAUGAUGCUGUGCAAGAGUUGUAA